GCUUUGUUUUGGUGUGUGAGAGAGUGCAGGAGCAGACAUCUUGCGGGGCCUGCUUCACUACUCUCCAUAUUUCCUGGCAUGACACCCUCUUAUCUCCUCACCUAACUGCAUCCAGAUGUACGACAAGAUGUCGGUGCUGCAGCAGGUGCUAACUGAUGCUCGUAAGUUGGCUACCCGCCUGCGAGACCAUGACUCCUCCGCUGACUCCUUGCUGUCCCAGGCCCAGGGAAUGUUCAAGCAAGUCGAGAGCAUGAAAGAGUACUGUGAGGAGAUGAAUGAGCUAAAUGAGGCAGCUAACAACCGACCUCGUAGCGCACUCAUACACUCCAUCCAACAGGAGAACAGACAUAUUCGACAGCUCCAGCAAGAAAAUAAAGAAUUACGUCUAGCACUUGAAGAACACCAGAACGUAAUGGAAUUGAUAAUGUCCAAAUACCGACAACAGGUGGCUAAGCUGGUUACAGUUAACUCAAAACAAUCUCAACCCAAUACUCAGGAGCAGGCCAAGCUUGCAGCACAAAUUGAAAGAAUAAGUGAGAUGGUGGCAGUCAUGAGAAAAGCUGCGUCACUUGGUGAUGACGAAAGUCAACAGCAGCAGAGACUCAUCACUUCUCUAGCUACUGAAAAUAAGGGUUUAAGAGAAAUGCUCAACAUAGCCAGCCGUUCUGGUUCUCUCCAGUCUGCUGCUUCCUCCAUUGAUGCAGGCACGCAAACUGAACACGAUUCACCAAAGUAUGAAGAACAAACCGAACCUCAAGAUCAAGAUGAUGUUGAACAUAAAAGUCUACCAAAAGAGGAGACAAAGUCUUUAGAAUCUCAGGAAACUACAAAGUCAUGAUAAUAUUUAAUUUAUUAACAGUAAUAUUCUUGCCUUUCUUCUUCUUCUCUCUAUGCUCAGAGGGAUAUGAACACUGUCUUUAAAGUUUCUUGGUUCAAAAAUUGAUAAUAUUGGGAACAGUAUCUUUAAACUGCUGAAGCUGAACAGCAAUUGAACUUUUUGAUAUGUGAAUGGAACUGAUAACCUGAGUCAAGUGACCGGUGAGUUUCAUCAAAGAAAUUAAGCUUAAGAGUGAUAUAUGACAGUUAUAUUUGGAAUAUUUUCAAGACAUGCAUAUGUCAGUCUUAACAGAAGGUAUAGAAUGCUGUUUUAAGAAUUAAUCUCAAGCCACUCGUGUUAAGGGGAUUUUUCUAACAACCGUUCCUCUUAUGGGAUUGUUUGCCUAAUAAUGAAAGUGUAUAAAAGUCAAGGAAUUAACCACAAUAAUUAUAAUUUUUAAAUACAGGAUAUGUUUUAGAAAUGUUAUUGUUACACUUCAAGCCUUGCAGGUGUUUAGGUAGAGAGCUUGAACUUGAGUAGAUAGCUUAUCUCAUCAAACUUACUCCCGAUUGUUUAAGUUCACUAAUUUGUUAAUAAUAAAAGAAUGAUUAUUUGAAUGGUUUUGCUGUCAUAAUAUGAUUGAUUUAUCAGAAAGAAGGUUAGGCUGAGGAGCAAGUGCUACAUCUUUUGUCCCUAAGCUCUCUCGUAACUUGAAUUGAUGUACCCUCGUGCUGACUCCUUGCCGACUGGUCUUUCUGAGAAGUGAUAAACAGUCGAGCUUUUGAAUAAUCAUUUGAUAUUGGUUGUCAGUUUUGAAUGUUCACAUAUUGUUAAAGCAUCACCACCUAUAAUGCAAUUGUCACUUACAGAAAGCAAGAAAAGCUGACAGCUCACUUCUAGAGGAUUGUAUUAACCUUGAAUGCUUUUCCUUGCAAUAACCUGAUGCCAUCAUGCCCUCAUUACAAUAUUUAAUAUUUUAUUUAUUCAGUAACCAGUCUUGUGGGAGAAAAAGGUGGUUGUUGGAGAUUUAUUGUAUACAUCUCUAAAUAAAGGGACUGCAAGAAUACAUUGAAGAACAAAAUAAUAAAUUGAAAUUCAGUAGUUGAUUUUUUCCACCCACUUUUUCUUUUUCUCUCUCCUUACUAAUUGUGUACAGGUAUAUUAAUAGCAAUUAUUUAUAACCAAUAAGAAUAUUGUGUCCUAUGGAUGAUUUUGUACUAGUUAUUUUUAUCUUUAUUGCUAACAUGUUUAAUAGUUCUUAAAAUAAACAUUUGAAGCAUUUUAAGAAUGUUUGAAAUGUUGUUAAUGUCAUUGAAAUACAUAAGUUGGGUUUUAAUUUGUAACAUUGAGAAAUCUGUUUCUGAAAAAGAACACAAAAUUGUGUAAGAUUUGUAUAGAGUUUCAUAUAUAUUUAUGUUGGUAACUUGUAUUACAUCGCGCUAACAUUCACCGACUUUCAAACCACAUCAGUUUCAGUAACAUGCUAAAUUUGUAUAAUGUUCACGUGUUUUAGAAUUUGAAUGUCUAUAAGCUGUAAAUAUUUUGUGAAAAUAAAAAAAAAAGAGUAUAUCUUCGAUGGGAAAAUAACCUAUUGAAGUUGAGCAUUUGUCAUGGAUGGUGUACCUUUCGGUUCAUCUGUUGGAGCCAAAUAAUAGGCAUCCAUCAGUCUCAAGAGACUAUAGAGUUGUGCUCUGGUUUUCAGUCGAGAGUGGCUUAUCCAGGGUGCAAAGCCAGGGUAGGUUGAUAUGAAGGAGAAGCUGUCACCCAUGCAGCAGGUCUCCCCCGCUACACGACGCCGAAAGUUUCCAAUGGAAAGGCAAACACCUAAUAGUCCACCUGUUAAGUAACUUGUUACUUAACAAGUAUGAUCUUUCUGUUAAUUAACCUGCAUAUACCAAAUGGUGUGCCCUGUUGAGUAAUCCGUAGGUCACAAAUGGUAUACGUGAUAGUUAACCUGUUAGAGCCGUAUGGUAUACCUGAUAACUGCAAGAACAGUGCGGUCUACCUGUUGAUCAAAAUAAUGGCAUGUAUGUUAUUCAUGCAAGGUAAUCUAUUAGUAGCACAUGGUCUGCCUGCUAAUUGACCUGUUAGUUCCCACAUGGUAUAUCUGCAAGGGCUAUGCCAUCACUGCUAUACAGUCUUCCUGUUUAAAAUAUCAUUACAAAACCAGUCUGCAUGUGGAUAUAGCACAUGUCUGCAUGCUGGACCACUUGCCAGGUGUUACAAGGCCUGGCAGAGUCUGCCCAGCACUGCAUGGUGUACCUAUCACUAGUAUCACAUGGUGUAUAUGUGGAGUUAUCACCAUCACAUGGUGUUUAUCUUUCUUGAGUUACCAGUACCUUAUUGUGUGCAUCUUGGCUGUGCUACCAACACCACAUGAUGUGCCUGUUGGCUGAGCUACCAGCACCACAUAAUGUACCUGUUGGCUGAGCUACCAGUACCACACGAUGUACCUGUUGGCUGCGCUACCAGUACCACAUGAUGUACCUGUUGGCUGCGCUACCAGUACCACAUGAUGUACCUGUUGGCUAAGCUACCAGCACCACAUAGUGAACCUGUUGGCUGAGCUAUCAGGACCCCAUGGUGUACCUGUUCAGUAAAUUAUCAGCACCAUAUGGUGUACGUUUUAGUUAGGUUAUCAGCACCAUACAAUGUACCUGUUUGGUAAGCUGCCAGCACUAUGUGAUGCACCUGUCUGGUAAAGCUACUAGCCCCAUAUGGUGUACUUCUUGUUUACAUUGACAGCAUCCACGAUACCAUAUACCUGUCUGUUAAGUUGCCAGCAUCCAUCGUACUGUGUACCGUGUAACAUGGCCAUGUAACAUACUGUAUUUUGACAUUUUGAUUGAUCUAACUCUUAGCUGACCCUGUGGCACCAGUUGAUAUGUACUGGAAUUAGCUUAUUUUCUUCAUGCAGUUUAAGAAAGUCAUUUUAUUGUCAUGUAUAGUAAUGUAGUUUAACUGACUGGCAACUUUAUUAGUUCAUACACUAUCGCAAACCUUAAAGAUACAGCAUCACUAAAAGUGCCAUUUCCAUUUAUAGUAAGGUAUUCUGACCAUUCAAUAUUUUAAAUACAGUAAGUACUUUAUAUACUUUGAAAAAAUAUCUUUAAAAGUUCUUUAGACUGAUUAAUAUAUCUUUUUUUUUUUUUUUACUGUAAUGCCAAAUUUUAAAAGUUCAAUCACUUUAAAUGAUAAUACUGAGAAUGUCCUGCCAAGUAGGUGCUUUGUAUGAUGUGUCACAAGUCCUGCCAUAUACUGUAUAACUUGUACCAGUGUACUCCCAUGACAUCUAAACUGUAUGUCUCAAAAUAAAGGCUUCUAAUUUGAAA